AUGAAGUUCUCGGCCGUUCUCGCCAUCCCCGCGCUGGCCUUUGCUACGCCGACGCCGACGAUCGAAAAGCGAGCCACCACCUUCUGCGACCAGUGGGGAUCCGCCGUUACUGGCACCUACACCGUCUACAACAACCUCUGGGGCGCGUCUUCUGGCACGGGCAGUCAGUGUACGACCUUGACAGGCCUCUCCGGCAGCAACCUGCAGUGGUCCACCACCUGGUCCUGGUCUGGCGGCCAGUACAAUGUCAAGUCGUACGCCAACGCCGUCGUCAGUGUCAGCAAGAAGGCUCUCAGCGCCAUCGGCAGCAUCCCCUCGACCUGGACCUGGAGUUACACCGGAACCGGCAUCGUCGCCAACGUUGCCUACGACCUUUUCACCUCUUCCACGGCCUCCGGGUCUGCUCAGUACGAGAUCAUGAUCUGGCUGGGCGCCCUCGGCGGCGCGGGCCCCAUUAGCGCCACCGGCAGCACCAUUGCCACGCCGACCGUCGCCGGCCGCACCUGGAACCUCUACAAGGGCGUCAACGGGCAGAUGACCGUCUUCAGCUUCGUCGCCCCUAGCAACGUACAGAACUUUAGCGGCGACCUCAAGGCCUUCAUCACCUACCUCGUCAAUAGCCAGGGCCUGCCCUCGUCCCAGAUCCUCCAAAGCAUCGGCGCCGGCACCGAGCCCUUUGUCGGCUCCAACGCCAAGUUCACCACGACUGCUUACACCGCCUCUCUUUCCUGA